AUGUCUUUGUCAUACCAAGAUAAUCAAUCAUCAUCAUCUCAGUCGCUCUCUCAGAACGUCUCAGCAUACACAGAAAGUACCGCCGUGGAAGGAGAUGAUGCCGGCCGACUCCGCCAACUUGGUGUCAAACAUGCCACGAUUGUGGACAUCGACACAUCAAACCCCGUCCGGCUCACUUCUAAAAGGCCAUCUAUUGACGAGUUAACCUAUUUUGGACCUCGCGAAAUAAUGAAGUCCACUUCUGCAGGCAGAACCGAACUGCGAUGGGUUCACUUACCCGCCAACUGUAUGUUAUGGGUGGAAGACUUGAUGGCCGCCGUCUGCACUGAAAGAGGUCUUACCGUCCCCCAAAAUGCGGACGGCACUGACCAAAAUCCUCUCCUCCGCAAGGAUCUCUGGGCUCACCUGUUUCACGGUAAAGCAUCCAAUCAGAUCCACGCCCGUUUCAUGGGCCCCGUUUGCACUCCUUUUUCUCUCUCAGUCGAUGACGAGGAGUCCGGCUCCGACGGCGGCUCGACGCGCGGGACGCUCCGUAACCUGGUCUUGUACAUGCCGUUCUUGCACUGGGAGUCCUCAGAUGCAUGGUCGGAACGACAAGAGUUGAUUCGCGACAUCAAAGAAGGGAGACGAGGGAAGCCCCAGGUCGAUAGGGAGUUUGUCACGACAUAUCUGUCUCAUAAAACGGCACCACUGCAUGAUCGGCGGUCUCUCCAUCAGGCAUUCUACCACUUCUCUGGCCUAACCAGAUCGGUGCCGAGGGUGGAUCAAGUCAUGGAGAAAUUCACGUCCGAGAAGCGUGGCCAGGAUGGAUGCGCGAAACUGAUAGUUGUGGAUCAGUUAUGGCUCUGGUUGAUCAAAGGCACACGACCGACCGAUGAACAAGACAAAGAUCAAGAUGGCUCGUCAGCGGACCCCGAUCUUGUCAUCACUGCCUUCCCCGAUCGGUUUAACGACCAAUAUGAUUCCGCCAACGUUCACCGCUGCAUCGUCGAACACCUUGAACGAGGGCUGCAGCCUCCCCUCAAGAAGGUGGAAGAUCUUGUGGCCUUGAUAGUGGAGCACUGUACGGGCGUCUUCUUCCAACGCCAGCUCGAGAACGACAAAUGGUUUCUAGAGUUUUUCGCGGCAGCCAUCGGGGAAGUGGUAAGCUCUCCCUCCUCCUUUAAACUUAUGUCCUCGUCUCUCCUAACGCUAACAUCAACGCAGCGAGAAUCCCAAAAAGCCGCCUUCAAUGCCUUCUGCGCUGCCUCCCGUUCUCUCCAAACUUGCCAGUCACAUCACUCGAUCUCCUCUGCACUGUCCGACCCGGCUUUCAGCAUCAUCGAGGAAACUUCCCUCGUCCACCGCAUCAAGGCCAUCAUCGACGAACUCACCUGCAUCGAUUACAUUCUGUUGCGACAAGAAGGCGUUCUCCACUCGCUUACCCGCGCCCAACCCAAAUCACGCAUGCUCCGCACCGUUGCCGAAAUGGUGAAAGAGCGCCGGGAAGCAUGGGCCUCGGUCGCCUCCACCGCGGAGGUCUCACACUCUGAAAUCCAGUCGCAGAUGGACCUCAAGCAGAAACAGGCCAAUCUCUCAGAGAGUAGGAUGUCGAGGUUUCAGGCUCAAGCCUCGGCCUCGCACUCACGCAUAAUGCUCCUCUUCACCGUCGUCACCAUCAUCUUCUUGCCCUUGUCCUUCUUGGCGACGUGGUUCGGCAUGAAUAUUCAGGAUCCCAACGCCGGGAAUCUGAAGCUGUACCAGAUCGCGGCGAUCAUAUUUCCGAUCUCAAUGGUCAUUGCGGUGGUGGCGCUGGCGUUUGCGUUUAAUGAAAGGCUGAGGGGCGUUGUCGUGAGAGUGGUAGAGUCCUGUUGGACUGUGUUUUGCGGAGCGGGACCUACGGACGAGGAUGAAAGUUCUUGGAGGAAUCAUCACGAUGAGAGGAUCGAGAUGGUGUAA